CACUCCUUUAAAAUCACCAUCAAAGAAAUUCCAAUUUUCUCGGAUUUUUAUUUCUUAUAUACAAAUCCCUAAAACCCUAUAGCCCUCUUUCUUCGUCACCUACUACUACUAACUCCAAGCUCAAGCUCCUCUGUUUCUUCUGCUUGUGGUUAAAAAUCAUUUCAGACACAGUGCUUUUGAUGACUCUCUGCAACAAACAACAGCAGCUGCAGACAAAGCUUAUACGAAGCUGUAUCUACUGACUUUGAUGGUGAAAUAUCAAAAACCCUAAAUUAAUUUUAAAAAAAAACACAUUUUUUUUCUUCUUUUGGUUUUUCCUCUGAGGGUAUUCAUCAUCAAUGCUUACAAAGUACAGUGGGUAAACAAAACAAAAACAAAAACCCAUUUUUUUCUCCUUCUUUAAAUCCCAAACCAACCCUAAAGUUUUGAUUUUUAAUUUUGGGGGUAACCAAAAAAAAACAAAACCCUAAUUUUUUUUCUUUAGUGAUGAGAUUAUUGGUGAUGAUGAAAUGAUUGGAGAUCUAAUGAAGAAUAACAACAAUGGCGACGUUGUGGAUAACGAAGUGAACAACCGGUUAAGCCGGUGGCAUCACAAUUCUUCCCGGAUAAUUAGGGUUUCACGAGCUUCCGGUGGUAAAGAUCGACACAGCAAAGUCUUGACUUCUAAAGGACCACGUGACCGUCGUGUCCGGUUAUCAGUCUCCACCGCUCUUCAAUUCUAUGAUCUUCAAGAUCGGUUAGGUUAUGAUCAACCUAGCAAAGCUGUUGAAUGGUUAAUCAAAGCUGCUGAAGAUUCAAUCUCUGAGCUUCCUUCACUCAACAACACUCAUUUUCCGACCGAUGACGAGAAUCACCAGAAUCAGACAUUAACAACAGUUGCUGCUAAUUCCUUGUCUAAAUCUGCUUGUAGUAGCAAUUCAGACACGAGCAAGAACUCUUCUGGUUUGUCUUUAUCAAGAUCGGAGCUUAGAGAUAAAGCUAGAGAGAGGGCUAGAGAGAGAACAGCUAAAGAGACCAAGGAAAGAGAUCAUAACCACACUUCGUUUACGGAUUUGUUAAAUUCCGGUUCAGAUCCGGUUAACUCAAACCGGCAAUGGAUGGCUUCAGCUCCUUCUUCAUCUCCAAUGGAGUAUUUCAGUUCGGGUUUAAUUCUCGGGUCGGGUCAACAAACCCAUUUCCCUAUUUCAACAAAUUCUCAUCCUUUCUCAUCAAUCUCCGAUCAUCAUCAUCAUCAUCCUCAUCAUCAGCAUCAAGAGUUUUCAUUCGUUCCCGACCAUUUGAUAUCACCGGCAGAAUCCAACGGCGGAGCAUUCAAUCUUGAUUUUAAUAUGUCAACACCCUCCGGCGCCGGAGCUGCCGUCUCCGCCGCAUCAGGUGGUGGCUUCAGUGGUUUCAACAGGGGGACCCUUCAGUCCAAUUCAACAAAUCAGCAUCAGUCAUUCCUCGCUAAUCUACAGAGGUUUCCAACAUCAGAAAGUGGAGGAGGUCCACAGUUCUUAUUCGGUGCACUGCCUGCAGAGAAUCACCACCACAAUCACCAGUUUCAGCUUUACUAUGAAAAUGGAUGCAGAAACUCAUCAGAACAUAAGGGUAAAGGCAAGAACUGAUGAUAUUAAUUAUUGCAUCUUUGGUUUUGUUCAAAUGCUCAUUUUGUAUGUUUAUCUUUGGUUUAUUUCAAAACAAAUGUUAAUCUCUUUCGUUGUCUGAUGUGUGUUAGGGUUUUGUUUUAUGUAUUGAGGGUCUUUGGAAAUCUUUUUGCAUUGUGCUUGUAAUGUUGUAUUUGUGAUAAUAGCAUUUUGUUUGUGAGUUUAUAAUUGAAUUUUUGAAUGUUAUUUUUGCCAUGUAAUUGGUAUAGUUAGCAUUUUUUUUUUCUUUAGUAAAUUGUUUAUAGUACGAA